CAUCGCUAUCUUCGUUACCAACACUGUCAUCAUUGUCAUCAUUAUCGUCAUCAUCAACAGCAGCAGCAGCAGUACAAGCGGCAGCAGCGGCGGCGGCGGCAGCGGUGCAAGCAGCAGUUGGAAAUACAACGGUGGUGGCACAACAAGCAGCGGCACGAAAUACAAUGACAGCGGCACUGGUGCCGGAACCAAUGGUGGUAGAGUCGACGCUGACGUCAUCGGCUACAACCACGACGACGACGGCGACUGCGAUGAUGGCUGCGACGACGACGACGAACGCGUUUUCAACGACGGCGAAAGCAUUUUCAACGACCACGGCAGUGGCGGCAACGAACGGGUUUCCAACGACGACGACGACGGCGGCGACCACAAACUCCACAACGACGACGACGACUCCCAAUUCGAAAUCAGUCCGUACGAUAUCGAUGAAAGAGAACGCACGCGAGCUGAUGAACUGUAAGCGACGUCUUGAUUUCAACCACACCAACUACUUGCCGUUGCAUCGACCACAGACAGUUGCCGUGGCUCGGCGCAACGAACGCGAAAGGAACCGCGUUAAGUUGAUCAACAUGACUUUUGCCACGCUUAGAGAACAUAUACCGAACGGUCCGAAGGGCAGUAAGAACAAAAAAAUGAGCAAAGUAGAAACUUUACGAGCAGCCAUUGACUACAUCCACUAUCUACAGGACCUUGUUGAGGAUAGUGACACCGUCAACACUAUCUUCGAUAGUAGCUGUUUGACCGCUGCCGGAUUAACGGCUGCCGGUUUAACGAAUGGAAUAUACCAGACUACCGCUAUGAACUCGCCGCGACCGAGUUCUUGCUCGGAUAGUUCUUAUGAAGGACUUAGUGCUGAAGAAGAAGAAUUAUUGGGAUUCACAAAAUGGUUCUGAAAAAAAAAAAGUACUGAAAAAAGUAAAAGAAACAAGUUCUAUAGCAUGUGCAUUCAUGCAUGCGUAUAUAUAUAUGUACAUAUAUAUAUAUAUAUAUUUUAUGUAUAUAGCCAUAUAUAUACACGCACACAAAACAACAAAGACCUGAAAUAAUGAAAAUCAUAUGAAAAUAAAAAGGAAAAAAAAUGUCAGGAAAUCGCUGCAGAGGAAACAGCCACAUGUUCAUAACGAAAAAUUGAAUUGAAAACUCGCUGUCAUUCCGUUGAUGGAAAGUUUCUCUACAGAACCAAUUUGUCGUGUCAGCAUGUGAAAUUGCCAAAAAAAAAAAAAAAGAAGAAGAAUAAAAUCUAGAAU